GGGAAUCACACAACGAGAGCAAAGACCUCUGAAUGAGAUCUACACAGAGAUCUUCAUCACAGAGAGAGGCAGUGGAGAGGUCAACCAGGAACAUGAAGUCAGACUGAUUGAAACAGCUUCCAGGAAACGAGCCAUGAAGGAAAUACCAAUCAGAUGUGUGGACAUCUUUAAACCCUUACCUGGACAAGAUAAACCAGAUAAACCAAUCAGGACAAUAAUGACAACUGGAGUGGCCGGCAUUGGUAAAACCGUCUUAACACAAAAGUUCACUCUGGACUGGGCUGAGGGCAAAGCCAACCGUGACAUAAACUUCACAUUUCUCCUCACUUUCAGAGAGCUGAAUUUACUGAAAAAUAAAGAGUUUAGCUUGGUGGGACUUGUUCAUCACUUCUUUAUUGAGACCAAAGAAGCAGAAAUCUGCAGAUUCCACCGGUACCAAGUUGUCUUCAUCUUAGAUGGUCUAGAUGAGUGUCGACUUCCUCUGGACUUCCAGAAAAAACAGAUCUGGACUGAUGUCACAGAGUCCACCUCGGUGGACGUGCUGCUGACAAACCUCAUCAGGGGCGACCUGCUUCCCUCCGCUCGCAUCUGGAUAACCACACGCCCUGCGGCAGCCAAUCAGAUCCCUGCUGAGUGUGUUGACAGGGUGACAGAGGUGAGGGGGUUCACCGACCCUCAGAAGGAGGAGUACUUCAGGAAGAGAUUCGGAGACGAGGCACUGGCCAACACAAUCAUCUCCCACGUCAAGAAAUCACGAAGCCUCCACAUCAUGUGUCACAUCCCAGUCUUCUGUUGGAUCACUGCUACUGUUCUGGAGGACAUCUUAAAAACAUCCAAUAGAGGAGAAGAGAUGCCCAAGACCGUGAGUCAGAUGUACAGCCACUUCCUGAGGGUUCAGUCCAUACAGGGGGACAGGAAGUACCAUGGGAGGGCUGAAACCGAUCCAGACUGGAGUUCAGAGAGCAGGGAGAUCAUUGUUUCUCUGGGAAAACUGGCUUUUAACCAGCUGGAGAAAGGCAACCUGAUAUUCUAUGAGGAAGACCUGGCAGACUGUGGCAUCGACAUCAAAGCAGCCUCAGUGUACUCAGGAGUGUUCACCCAGAUCUUUAAAGAGGAGUUUGGGCUGUACCAGGCCAGGGUGUUCUGCUUUGUCCAUCUGAGCCUCCAGGAGUUUCUGGCUGCUCUUUAUGUCUUUCUGUCCUUCAUCAACGAUGGUGUCAAUCUGCUCUCAGAAGAACCACCCACCUCUGGGGAAGAUAAACUCCUCCUCCUCUACCAGAGUGCUGUGGACAAGGCCUUACAGAGUGAGAACGGACACCUGGACUUGUUCCUCCGCUUCCUCCUGGGCCUCUCUCUGGAGACCAAUCAGAUUGUCCUACGAGGUCUGCUGGGACAGACAGGAACUAGCUCACUGACCAAUACAGAAACAGUGUCUUACAUCAAGGAGAAAAUAGAUGGAGAUCUCUCUCCUGAGAGAAGCAUCAACCUGUUCCACUGUCUGAAUCAGCUGAACGACCGUUCUCUAGUGAAGGAGAUCGAACAGUACCUGACAUCAGGAAGACUCUCCAGAAAAUCUCUCUCUCCUGCUCAACUGUCAGCUCUGGCCUUCAUCCUACUGACAUCAAAAGAGGAGCUGGACGUGUUUGACAUGAAGAAAUACUCUGCUUCAGAGGAGGGUCUUCUGAGGCUGCUGCCAGUGGUCAAAGCCUCAAAAACAUCUCUGCUCAAUGGCUGUGGUCUGUCAGAGAGAUGCUGUGAAGCUCUGGCCUCAGUUCUAAGCUCCAGCUCUAGUCUGAGAGAGCUGGACCUGAGUACCAAUGAUCUGCAGGACUCGGGAGUGAAGCUGUUCUCUGCUGGACUGGGGAGUCCACACUGUACACUGGAAACUCUCAGGCUCAAUGGCUGUCAUCUGUCAGAGAGAUGCUGUGAAGCUCUGGCCUCAGUUCUCAGCUCAGACUCCUGUAGACUGAGAGAGCUGGAGCUGAGCUUCAAUGAUCUGCAGGAUUCAGGAGUGAAGCUGCUCUCUGCUGGACUGGGGAGUCCACACUGUACACUGGAAACUCUCAGGCUCAAUGGCUGUCAUCUGUCAGAGAGAUGCUGCGAAGCUCUGGCCUCAGUUCUCAGCUCCAACUCCUCUAGUCUGAGAGAGCUGGACCUGAGUACCAAUGAUCUGCAGGAUUCAGGAGUGAAGCUGCUCUCUGCUGGACUGGGGAGUCCACACUGUACACUGGAAACUCUCAGCUUGUCUGGCUGCCUGGUCACACAGGAAGGCUGUGCUUCUCUGACCUCAGUUCUGAGCUCCAACCACUCCCAUCUGAGAGAGCUGGACCUGAGCUACAAUCACCCAGGAGACUCUGGAGCUGCGCUGCUCUCUGCUGGACUGGAGGAUCCACGCUGGAGACUGGACACUCUCAGGUAUGGAGAGGACAGCUCACCACUCAGGGACAAAGUCUCCUUCAAGGAUUCAAGCUGCUGCUAGAUUAAGUGGUUUGAAGAGGCAGCUGUCACUCAUGUUGUGUAGAACGUGAUGAGACAGCAGAUGAUGAAGGUGAAUGUUUCAACAUGCUGCUCUCACUUUGUUUCCCCCCCAGCGUGGAGCACGGUGGAG